ACGUUGUGUGUGUCGCGACAACCGGGAAGUGAAUCACCAGAAAAGUUUCCUGUUCUGUACGGGCUUUUUAGCUUGGGCAAGGACAAGUAGUGUCGACAGCAGCCUGCAAAUGUUUCCUUUUCACGCAUGAAAACGAUUCUAAUGUAUAAUAAUAGGUUUAGGCAGGGGGUACUUGGGAUUUUCCAGAGCUGUUUUUAUAGCACCAAACUAUGUACAUGUAAUACUUGCCAGCCAGUUCACGUUUCUGCUUGUGAGUGGAGUAACAGUCAUUGUGCGCGGGGCUUGAUCGUGAUUUGCAGUAAGUUAGCAAUUGAAGGUUAACAGUUCUCUUCAUGCAGUUUAAGGAUUACAGGACACAGCCAGGAGCGACCCCAUUGCUCAAGGACUGGACAAUAUCUCCUGAACUUCGAUUAGCGAAACUUCCAGAAUGCCUCGCGUACCGGUGGGUGAGGGUCAGCCCCUUCUACAGGCCAUCCGGCGGAGCACACGUGCGUCACUCACGGACCCCGAUGCCAGACUCCGACUCCGGGCUACUGUGCUGCUACCCUGUGUCAUCACAGCUUACUUCAUCCUCUACGUCCUGUGUCACUCCGUGCUCAACCCCUACAUCUAUGACAAGUUAUAGGGACCAUGUUGAAAUGCGGUAUUUACGCCCUUGUCAUAGGCAUGGACCUCUCUAUGAACCUUUUUUUUCUGGCUCACGUUGCCGAAGCUCUCGGUGGGAGUUUUGCUGCCAUGUUGACCACCAUGUUUAGCGUCAUCUCUGACGUCACAGUUCCUGGGCCCCGCAGGUCAAUACACAUCACGAGUAUGGAGGCGGGCCAGACCCUGGUUCAGUCUUUUACUAUGCUGGCAGCUGGCCAAGGUUUGAAGUGGAAUAUGAAAGGACUUUUGAUCAUCGGUCUUGGCUUUGGCAUCCUGGCUGUCAUCCUAGCUGUUGUCAUACCAGAGACGCUGCCCUCUGGAUCCACGGGACACUUGAGCGACCCAAGAGCGGGAGUCAGAAGUCAGUGGAGAGACAGAGGCCGAGAGUGUCUGGGAUUUUUGCGGGCUUGUUUUGCAAUGCCGAUGAAAAGCCUGUCCAUUUAUGUCAGAGGCGAUAAGGUCAAACUGACCACAAGGCGGUUGGCGAUUGUAGCUUUUAUCCUGACUGUAGCUGUCAACUUUUCCAAGCCUGGAGUGUGGACGCUCUACUUGAUGAAGUGGCCGCUGUGCUGGUCGGCCUCCGAGCUCCUUACACUCAGCGGAACCCAGAUCACCUGCAACUGGAUCGUCAUCCUCCUUGUCGUCGCUGUGUUGCAGAAAGUUUUCAAGAUGGCCGACAGACAAAUCGUUCUAAUUGGCUGCGUCUCAAGCAUAAUGUCUGCUGCCUUCAGUUCAGUAGCCAUUAACGAUAGAAUGGUUUACGAAGUGGCCGUCCUGAGCGUCAUGAUCCGUGUCAUCAUCCCGAUGCUGAGGUCAAUCCUGUCUUGUGCAGUAGAUGUCACAGAGCAAGGAGCCAUGUACUCCGGCUUGGGUUUCAUCGAGACACUGGCAGUAGGAGUGUUUGGUCUCGCCGCAAACAGAAUCUACUAUGCAACCGUGUCCACCUUUGCAGGGGCUGUCUUUGUGGUGUGCGCUGCACUCAUGUUUGUCGCUCUCGUCGUUCUUGUCAUUCUGAAUGUGGUUGCAAAUCGGGACAGGGCCGAACACAAAGCAGACGGUGUAAACGGGAACAUACAGGCACAAGACGCGGACAGUGUUCCAGAUCUGAUCUUCUAAGAUGUUUCAUGUCAGCUUCAUUGGUUUAAGUAAGAGUUUUACAGCGCUUGCUACACAGUUACAAUGUAUGUCAUAUAAGGGCCGAACAUUAGAGGGGCUACAAAAGAGUAGGCCUAACCAAAUGCUAAAAAGAAAGAGGAGAGAUAAGGGGGAUAUAUGUUUGAAUUUGAUAGGAAAAGAGGAGUAGGCCUACAUGUAGCAAACCACGCCAAAGCACACGCCAACCAUACACUUGUUAACUGCAUGGUGCUCGGCUUGAUCUGUAGGCCUACGGUCUCAAUAUCAGACAAACCUCGUGGAAAACGCUGAUGAUCAGUUUACUGAAAUGUCUAAGUGAUAAUGACUUUUGUUACUGUUGUUGCUAGUUCCCAUAAGGGCAUGCCAAUAAAUCAGUUGGCAUAUAUUUUGGCGGUGGACCCUAGUUUAAUUCCCCAACAGAGUGGGAUUUGGGGGGGGGGGGGGUGUGACUUUAAAUGUUGGGGAAUUUCAAGGCUCCCAAUCCACUUGGCAUGGUUCUUUUGGGGAUAGUUUUUCAAUUCUGGGGUCUGCCCGUUAGUAACUUCACUCCAUGCAUACAAGCUACUUAAAAGUUAAAUGAAGCGAGUUCUCAAUUUCGCAAUAGCCACUCUAUUGCAGUUUAACACUUUUUCAGGGAUCUGAAUUUCUGGCAAGGCAGUUGUAAUAUCUUGCUUAUGGCCUGGUUCCGCAUCAAAACCGUAAGCACAUCGUAUACUGUGCGUACAAGAAAGAGACAAUCGCUUGAUUUUUAGUUAUAUGGGGUGAGGGGGGGGGGGGUGUUUCUAGUAAACUACAUAUAUUUGGUAAUACAGUGCAUAAUAUGAAUACAAACCAGUUUAAUCUAUCAUAUAUUGAUGGUUGGAGAUAAGUAACGACCUCUUUGGCGAUGUCAAAACCCCAACAUUCCGUAACUUAGUCUCAUUCUGGGGGCUCUCGUGGUCUAGAGGUAUACGGUGUUCGGCUCUCAUUCGAUGGGUCUCGGGUUCAGAACCUGACAGAGACGGAUCAUUUUUUUCUCUAAAAUAUUUUCUCCUUUCACCUCCUUUCCUGCUCUCUCAUCAUGUUCUGUCGUCUGCUUCCGUCUCCAUGUUCUGGCCCCUCUCCCCCUUUGCUCCGUCCUCUGAACUCCUGACUCUUUCUGCUGUUUUUCUACGGCUAUAUGGCUACUCAUUAACGACUAAAAAAUUUUUACUGCUAUUUUUACUGCUGUCUCUCAGCCCCACUCCUGAUCUUAGGAUGGGUAAGACCUGACAUCAUGCCUUCACGGAUAAGGGCAAACAAAUCUCAGAGGUCUCAUGUGCAAGUUGUGCAUGUUAAAGACCUCUUGGUGACCCUAAAAUCGAUCGAUAAGAGUAGGCUUCGGCCACCACCCGGGAAAAAUUCAAAGUUAAUUCCAACUAAACGGAAACUGGUUAAUUGUCCUGCGCGCUCAUAUGAUCUUACCUCUCUGAUCUUAUGCGGUUGCUAGCGCCAAACACUUACCCCCCCCCAAAAAAAAAA